CACUAUAUCUCAGAGGACCCCUCCCCUUCUCAAUAAAACACCUCAUAUAAUAAAUAAUUUCCUUUCACAGAUGAGAGAGAAUAUACAGACCUGCAAUGCAUCACAAAGAACUUUGAAAACAACCAAAUAAACACCCAGCUGUUUCUGAUCGUGUCCUAGCUGUCCCUCCUCCUGCCCUUAGGGAAGCAGCUUCCUGGCCCGGGAGGAACCCAGCCCUGGAAGGUGAAGCUGAGGAUGCCGGCAGAGGAAGCCGGCAGAGGAAGCGGUUCUCUGCCACCAGGGCUGUGAUAGCUCUUCGUGAGGGCAAACGGCGACCCGAUGAGCUCACUUCGUGGAUCUGAGAGGUGCCAUGAAGGUCUCCGCAGCUGCCCUCGCCACCCUCCUCGCCGCUGCCGCCUUCUGCGCUCCUGCAUCCGCCUCCCCAUAUGCCUCGGACACCACACCCUGCUGCUUUGGCUACAUCACCCGCCCACUGCCUCGUGCCCACCUCCGCGAGUAUUUCUACACCAGCAGCAAGUGUUCCAUGCCAGCAGUCGUCUUAAUCACCCGAAAGGACCGCCAGGUGUGCGCCAACCCAGAGAAGAAAUGGGUGAAGGAGUAUAUCAACUCUCUGGAGAUGAGCUAGGAUGGAGAGCGCCUUGAACCCCAACUCGCGCACUUUCUUAUUGCUUCUUGCUCUCAGCCUAACCAGCUUAGGAGGCUUCUCCCCAAUCCUUACUCCCACCCCUCCUUGGAGGGCCCCAAUUCCACCACACAGCAGCAGUUGUAAAAGCACACCCCCCCACCAGAGCCCCCAAGAGCUCCUGAGGCUCUCUGCCUUGUGCAUAGGAAAUCUCUAGGCUUUGAGGGGCAGGCCCCUCAGCUCAGGCAUGGCUCUGCAGUCAGGAAGGAAGUCGGCAUGCCUCGGGUCAGUGUGCCUCUGGAGGCAAAGGAGGGAGAAAAACUGAGCUUCCAAGGUCAUGUCCCGUGGCCAAAGCUCCCAUCUCGGCCCCUCAUUGGGAUAGGCUGACUGGCAAAAGUGAGAAAUUGGCUUUCCAUUAAAAUUCUCAAGACAAUUACAAA